AUGAGAACAACAAAAUUCGUUUUAUGUUUUAUUCUUUUGGUUGGUGUACAAGUAUCAAGUACUGAUCUUGAUAAAGCCUUGGAGUCUUUUAUUGCAUCGACUAUAGGCAAAAGUUCUGGUGGAUCCAACAGUGAUGCAAUUCAAAAUCUAUUUAAUUUAUACAAAAAAGAAUUUAAUCGAAAAACUCAAACAACAAAUGAAGAGAAGCUUCGGUUAGAUUCAUUUAGUGCGUCAUUGAAUACUUUAGUUGAUCAUCAUCGACAAGGUGAAAAAGCAUAUACUCUCGGAUUAAAUAAUCAUUCAGAUUGGACACAAGAUGAACUGACGAAACUGAAUGGUGUUCGAGUACCUCAAGGUAAUAUUUUAACAACAAAUGCCAAAGCAGGUGAACGUUUCACGACAUGGGACGGAAAGAUAGCAACUGGUAAAACAAGUCUUCCAACAUCAUAUGAUUACACAACAAGAGUAGCUUCAGGAACUAAUGUUCCCGUGGUUCAGCCAAUUAAAGAUCAAGGUAAUUGUGGAUCUUGCUAUACAUUCGCAUUUAUUUCUUUACUUGAAUUUCAAUAUGCUGUUCAAUUGAAGGCCAGUCAAAGUUUAAGUGAACAACAGAUGGUAGAUUGUUCAACAAAAGAUAAUGGUUGCAACGGAGGUUACUUUACUAAUACAUUCAGCUAUAUACUGAGUAAUCUUUGGCAAGUUAACACUGAAUCAUAUUAUCCUUACAAGGCUGUAAAAAAUACAUGUGUAUUUAAAUCUACUGGUCCUGAAGUGAAAUAUGGAUCACUUCUUUACAGUACUGUUACACCAAACAAUGCUGCUGCCAUGCAACAAGCGUUAGUUAAUUAUGGACCGUUAUGGGUUUCGGUUUUUGCUGGUAAUUCAUCGGCAUCGUACCAACAAAUCUUAAGUAGGUUUGGAGGUUAUAAAAGCGGAAUAUGGCAGCCUAGUGGAUGUCCAACAUCACUUGCUUCGACAAAUCAUGCAGUCGUUAUCGUUGGCUAUGGAGUAGAUGCGACAACAAACAUUCCAUACUGGAAAGUAAGAAAUAGUUGGGGUACUAGUUGGGGUGAAGCUGGCUAUUUUCGAAUCCAAAGUGGUGUAAAUAUGUGCGGUAUUGAAUCUGGUCCAUUUUAUAUUGCAAAACCAGCUUAA